UCAACCCGCACGAUGCUGUCCUGUGCCUCGUUCAACAAACUGAUGUAUCCCACGGCCGCAGAUGUGGCCAAGUCGCCGAUGGUGGGCUUGGAGGUGGACGGUGGGUCCAUGGGCUCCCUGUCCAGUCUCCAGGCCCUUCCCUCCACCACCUCGGCGGGCAGUGGGGCACCCAGCGAGACCCAGAGCGAGAUCUCCUCCGUGGACAGCGAUUGGAGUGACAUACGCGCCAUCGCCAUGAAGUUGGGCGUUCAAAACCCAGACGAUCUGCACACCGAACGCUUCAAGGUGGAUCGACAGAAGCUGGAGCAGUUGAUAAAGGCGGACAGCGCCAUUGAGGGAAUGAAUGGAGCCGAGUAUUUCUUUCAUGACAUCAUGAACACAACGGAUACGUAUGUGAGCUGGCCUUGCAGACUCAAAAUUGGUGCCAAGAGCAAGAAGGAUCCGCAUGUGCGAAUUGUGGGCAAGGUGGAGCAAGUGCAGCGGGCCAAGGAGCGCAUCCUGAGCAGCCUUGACUCGAGGGGCACCCGUGUGAUCAUGAAAAUGGACGUCAGCUACACGGAUCACUCGUACAUCAUCGGGCGGGGUGGCAACAACAUUAAGCGCAUCAUGGACGACACCCACACCCACAUCCACUUCCCCGACUCGAACCGCUCCAAUCCCACGGAGAAGUCCAACCAGGUGUCGCUGUGCGGCAGUCUGGAGGGCGUGGAGCGGGCCCGGGCCCUCGUCCGGCUCUCCACCCCCCUCCUCAUCUCCUUCGAGAUGCCCGUGAUGGGUCCCAGCAAGCCGCAGCCCGACCACGAGACACCCUACAUCAAGAUGAUCGAGACCAAGUUCAAUGUGCAGGUCAUAUUCUCCACGCGACCCAAGCUGCAUACCUCUUUGGUUCUGGUCAAAGGAUCCGAGAAGGAAUCGGCCCAAGUCCGAGAUGCCACUCAGCUGCUGAUCAACUUCGCCUGCGAGAGCAUUGCGAGCCAAAUCCUGGUGAAUGUCCAAAUGGAGAUCUCGCCGCAGCACCACGAGAUCGUGAAGGGCAAGAACAACGUGAACCUGCUCAGCAUUAUGGAGCGCACUCAGACCAAGAUCAUAUUCCCCGAUCUGAGCGACAUGAACGUGAAGCCGCUGAAGAAGUCGCAGGUCACGAUCAGCGGACGCAUCGACGACGUCUACUUGGCGCGACAACAAUUGCUUGGCAAUUUGCCCGUAGCAUUGAUAUUUGACUUUCCGGACAACCAGAACGAUGCCUCCGAGAUAAUGAGCCUCAACACCAAGUACGGCGUCUACAUCACCCUGCGCCAGAAACAGCGCCAGAGCACACUGGCCAUUGUGGUCAAGGGAGUGGAGAAGUUUAUAGACAAAAUCUACGAGGCCCGCCAGGAGAUCCUGCGCCUGGCCGCGCCGUCCGUGAAGCCCGAGAUCCCCGACUACUACUUCAUGCCCAAGGACAAGGAGCUGAACCUGGCCUAUCUCACCCAGUUGACGGCCCUGCUGGCGGGUUAUGUGGACAGUCCGAAGACUCCGUCUCUCCUGCCGCCCGCCUUGAAUGGCCAACUGACGCCCUAUGCCAACAACAAUCACCUGCUGCUUAACGCCAAUGGCCUGGCCACGCCCACGGGGAUAUGUGCGCCCACGCAGAAGUAUAUGCAGUUGCACAACAGCUUUCAGCAGAGUCAAGGUCGUUCGCUGGUGGCUGGCAGCCAGGUUAGCAGCAACAGUAACUAUCUGCAGGUUCCUGGAGCGGUGGUGGCGCCACUGAAACCGCCGGCUGUCUCACCGCGGAACAGCUGCAGCCAGAACACCAGUGGCUACCAGAGCUUCAGCAGCAGCACCACCUCGCUGGAGCAGUCGUAUCCGCCGUACGCCCAGCUGCCGGGGGCCGUGUCCUCCACCUCCUCCACGGCGGGCGGUCCGAAUCGGGCGCACUACUCGCCGGACUCCACGUACGGCAGUGAGGGAGGUGGUGGCGGCGGCGGAGGAGGCGGUGGAGCGCGGCUGGGUCGCCGCCUCAGCGAUGGUGUCCUUUUGGGCCUGGGAAACUCCAGCGGCGGAGGAGGAUCCGCGGGCGGAGGGGCACACCUCCUGCCCGGCAGUGCGGAGAGCUACCGCAGUCUGCACUACGACCUUGGAGGCGGCGGUGGAUCGUCCAAGCACACCAACCACCGCGCCCUCGACUUCGACAUGAAGCGGGCCCUGGGCUACAAGGCCAUGGAGCGAUCUCCGGUGGCGGGGGAAAUGCGCACACCCACGCCCGCCUGGAUGGGCAUGGGCCUGAGCAGCACCUCGCCCGCUCCCGCCCCCGUCCCGCUGGAAAACGGGGAGAACAGUGGGGGCGGCGGUGUAGGUGGUGGUGGUGGUGGUGGUGGGUGGCGCCUCCCGCCGGGAUUGGGCUCCCCGUACGGACUGAGUGCCACCACCGGACUGCUGGACGCCACCCCAGUCAACCGGCGGCUGCAGCUCGCCCAGCACAAGGACAUCCAGACUCUGCUCACCAGUUUGGGUCUGGAGCAUUACAUCAAAAUUUUUGUGCUAAACGAAAUCGACCUGGAGGUGUUCACCACGCUGACCGAGGACAACCUGAUGGAGCUGGGCAUCGCGGCAUUUGGAGCUCGCAAGAAGCUGCUGACGGCCAUUCACACGCUGCUGGCAAACGAGGCGGCCUGCAGCACAAUGCCCAGCAGCAGCUCCUCGCAGAACUCCUCGUCGCCGCGAUUCUCCGGCAGUGCGGCCCCCGGCGCUGAGCGCCGACCCUCCAACCAGUGGUGAUCCGCCCCUGUCUCUAGGCAGCUUACUAUCCAUUUUUUUGCAUGCCCAUUUUUUUUGGUAGUCGUAUGAUCAUGAGAAUCGGAACGAAAAAAAUCUAGAAAAAAAAAUUAGAGAAAGGAGAAAAAGGGGCAACCUAUCUGCGGCGAUGUCUUUCCCGAAAACACAGCCUUGACCUUGACUUAUACUCGCAUUUGUACUCAAAUUCCAAGUAGCAGAGCUGCGCACGGGAAAGUGCCCAGCAGUUUGCCCUUAGGUCGCAGUAGCCUUCGUUUUAAGACCUUAAUUUAUUUCCAAAUUAUUUAUAUUGAAACAGUCUUAAAAAAAAAAUAUUGUGAAUUAUUUAUGAAAUCUAACUAAACGAAAUCACGUAUUGUAAGCAAUGAAUUUAUGUAUAUUAACUGAAAAAGAAACAAAAAACUUAAAAAAGGAAACAACACAAUGUAUUAAGUGAUAAGUAAAACAGUCACGAACAAACAUUUGAUAUGAAUAAACUGAUGUCUAUGAAAAACAAGAAAGG